AAAAAAUGGACAUAUGCAUGUGAAAGCUGGACAGUGAAUAAGGAAGACCAAAGAAGAAUUGCCACCUUUGAAUUAUGGUGUUGCCAGAGAAUAUUGAAUAUACCAUGGGCUGCCAGAAAAACAAUUUGUCUUGAAAGAAGUACAGCCAGAAUGCUCCUUAGAAGGAAGGAUGAUGAUAGUAUUUCUGCUGCAAGCACUUCCGAUGUUCAGGACCGCCUGUCAGCUCUCGAGUUACGAGUUCAGCAGCAAGAGGAUGAAAUCACUGUGCUGAAGGCGGCUUUGGCUGAUGUUUUGAGGCGGCUUGCAAUUUCUGAAGAUCAUGUGGCCUCGGUGAAAAAAUCGGUCCCAAGUAAAGGUCAGCCAAGCCUUCGAGAAGCUAUUUCUGUGUCCUGUAUAACCAAUGGCAGUGGUGGAAACAGAAAACCAAGUCACACCAGCUCUGUCUCAAUUGCAAGAAAAGAAACUUUUUCAUCUGCUGCUAAAAGCGGUACAGAAAAAAAGAAAGAAAAACCACAAGGACAGAGAGAAAAAAAAGAGGAAUCUCAUUCUAAUGAUCAAAGUCCACAAAUUCGAGCAUCACCUUCUCCCCAGCCCUCUUCACAGCCUCUCCAAAUACACAGACAAACUCAAGAAAGCAAGAAUUCUACUCCCACCAAAAGGCAUAAAGAUGUCAUCAUCAACCAAGCAAAAAUGUCAACCCGCGAAAAAAACAGCCAAGAAGGAGAGUAUAUUAAAAUGUUUAUGCGAGGACGGCCAAUCACAAUGUUCAUUCCUUCUGAUGUUGACAAUUACGAUGACGUCAGAACAGAACAGCCUCCUGAGAAACUCAAACUGGAGUGGGUAUACGGUUAUAGAGGAAAGGACUGUCGAGCUAAUGUUUACCUUCUUCCUACCGGGGAAAUAGUUUAUUUCAUAGCAUCAGUAGUUGUACUAUUUAAUUAUGAGGAGAGAACUCAACGACACUACCUGGGUCAUAAAGACUGCGUGAAAUGCCUUGCUAUACAUCCUGACAAAAUUAGGAUUGCAACUGGACAAAUAGCUGGAGUGGAUAAAGAUGGAAGGCCUCUGCAACCCCAUGUCAGAGUGUGGGAUUCUGUUAGUCUAUCCACACUGCAAGUUAUUGGACUUGGAACUUUUGAGCGUGGAGUUGGAUGCCUGAGUUUUUCAAAAGCAGACUCAGGUGUCUACUUGUGUGUAAUCGAUGACUCCAAUGAACAUAUGCUAACUGUAUGGGACUUGCAGAAAAAAUCAAAAGUAGCAGAAAUAAAGACAACAAAUGAAGUUGUUUUGGCUGUGGAAUUCCAUCCAACAGAUGCAAAUACCAUAAUAACAUGUGGCAAAUCUCAUAUUUUUUUCUGGACCUGGAGCGGCAAUUCACUCACAAGAAAACAGGGAAUUUUUGGGAAAUAUGAAAAACCAAAAUUUGUGCAGUGUUUAGCAUUCUUGGGAAAUGGAGAUGUUCUUACUGGAGACUCGGGUGGAGUCAUACUUAUAUGGAGCAAAACUACUGUAGAGCCCACACCUGGGAAAGGCCCUAAAGGUGUAUAUCAAAUCAGCAAACAGAUCAAAGCUCAUGAUGGCAGUGUGUUCACACUUUGUCAGAUGAGAAAUGGGAUGUUAUUAACUGGAGGAGGGAAAGACAGAAAAAUAAUUCUGUGGGACCAUGAUCUGAAUCCUGAAAGAGAAAUAGAGGUUCCUGAUCAGUAUGGAACAAUCAGAGCUGUAGCAGAAGGAAAAGCAGAUCAGUUUUUAGUAGGCACAUCACGGAAUUUUAUUUUACGGGGAACAUUUAAUGAUGGCUUCCAAAUAGAAGUACAGGGUCACACAGAUGAGCUUUGGGGUCUUGCCACACAUCCCUUCAAAGAUUUGCUCUUGACAUGUGCUCAGGACAGGCAGGUGUGCAUGUGGAACUCCGUUGAGCACAGGCUGGAAUGGACCAGGCUCCUAGACGAACCAGGACACUGUGCAGACUUUCAUCCAGGUGGCACAGUGGUGGCCAUAGGAACGCACUCAGGCAGGUGGUUUGUUCUGGAUGCGGAGACCAGAGAUCUUGUUUCUAUCCACACAGACGGGAACGAGCAGCUCUCUGUCAUGCGCUACUCACUAGAUGGUACCCUCUUGGCUGUAGGAUCUCAUGACAACUUUAUUUACCUCUAUGUAGUCUCAGAAAAUGGAAGAAAAUACAGCAGAUACGGAAAGUGCACUGGACAUUCCAGCUAUAUCACACAUCUUGACUGGUCCCCAGACAACAAGUACAUAAUGUCUAACUCGGGAGACUAUGAGAUACUCUACUGGGACAUUCCAAGUGGCUGUAAACUGAUCAGGAAUCGGUCAGAUUGUAAGGACAUCGAUUGGACGACGUACACCUGUGUGCUAGGCUUUCACGUCUUUGGUGUCUGGCCAGAAGGAUCCGAUGGGACAGACAUCAACGCACUGGUGCGGUCCCACAACAGGAAGGUCAUAGCUGUCGCUGAUGACUUUUGCAAAGUUCAUCUGUUUCAGUAUCCUUGCUCCAAACCAAAGGCUCCCAGUCACAAGUACAGCGCCCACAGCAGCCAUGUCACCAAUGUCAGUUUUACUUAUAAUGACAGUCACCUGAUUUCAACUGGUGGCAAAGACAUGAGUAUCAUUCAGUGGAAACUUGUGGAAAAGUUACCUUUGCCUCAGAAUGAGAUUGUAGCCGAUACUUCUCUAACCAAAGCUCCCGUCGCUUCCAUUGAGAGUGCCACACAAUCUAAUACUCCCACGCCACCUCCGUCCCAGCCCAUAAAUGAGACAGUAGAAGAAGAAAGUAGAAUCAGCAGUUCUCCUACACUUCUGGAGAACAGCCUGGAACAGACUGUGGAGCCGAGCGAAGACCACAGUGAAGGGCAGAGUGAAGGGGGCAGCGAAGACCUCGGGGAGCCUGUCGAUGAAGUGGCUCCCCAGGAGACAAGCAAGGAGCAGAGCGAGGCCACGCUUCCUGAGGGCCCACAAGACCACCCACCCCUGUGCUAACACCGUGACUGCAGGGGGCUCGCUCCUUCGGCUGCAUGUGUUUUGUGGUGGAGUUCAGAAAACAGGAUGAGAAGUCAUGGAGGAUUGCCUUUGAUCGAGAUGCUUGGUUUCUGCAUUGAUUGUUUUCUUCAGUCGUCUUAUCCUCAGUCUCCAAUGCAGUCUCUCUGAAGGUUCGGUUUGGUGUGCAUUGAAAAUGAACCAAACUCAACAGUAGGAAAAGACUGAAACCUUAGUUCUGUCUCAGAGAUGACUGUGUAUGUAAGUGGUAUGAUGUAUAUACUGGAAACAAACAGCAGUUGUGUUGAUUUAAAAUAACCCCCUUGUUAUCUGAACGUGUUUUCUUCAGGAACAACCAGAGGCAUCACAAACACUGUUACGCAUCUACUGGCUCAAACUGUGCUACUUUUUUAUUUCUCCUGAUGCAGAAAAAGAAACCAGAAAAAAAAAAAAUGUGCUCUUAUUAAGGUAUCUAUCCUCCAGCCCAAGUGUCUAAAGGAAAUUUUUUAAUUAAGAAAAACUUCAGUAUUGCCAUGUGCAAUGGUGUUGCCUUCUUGAAUAAUAAUGCCGUUUUCUUACACUACUGGUAGGUAGCCAGAUAUGCUUGUUAGUCUACUAUAUAGGUGCUGCUUUUCCAAGCCAUAAUGAGGAAUGGUCCCGUAAUUUCUUAGGUGCCAAUCUGUUUAAGCCUAAAACUAAGAAUGCCUUGGUUUGUUAAAGAGCUUUUAGUGUGUAUUAAACCAUUGAUAACUCAGAAAUAACGGAUUUCUCCAGGGAUCCCCCUCCUGGCCUAAACAUUUUCAAAUGUUUGGCAUUCAAGUAAUUGGGAGGGGAAAACCACAUGCCUGUAAAACUAAGCUGUAAUAACUACCUGGCUAAUUUCAGUUUAGCCUUCAUCAUAAUUUGUCCCCUCAAUAAUAGGAGAAAUAUAAAUACAGGAAGUUUAAAUGAUUGAAUUGGUGCUUGAAAUUCAUUGGUUUAGUUAUAAUUUUUAUACAGUUUUAUUAUAUUGAGGGAUAAGAUACUCAACAAACUGCAAAUUCUUUUUUAUGGAAAUGUGAUUAACAGUCACGGUGAUUUUUUUUUUUUUUUUUUGAUAAAUUGCAUGCUUAACAGACUUGCUAUAUAUAGUAAAUUUCUCUCUGGCGGAGUUGCUGUAAGCCUUGCUAUUCUAAUGUGGCUAUCCUCUGCUGUUAUGGGCAAUGCGUAUAUGAUUAUGCAUUGGGAAGUUUUGUUUUUGUUUUUUUUAAGUUUUGUCAGACAACUUAUAUUUUUCUUAAGUACGUGUUUCCUACUUUAAAAAUAAUUACUGACAAAUAUGCAUUUCCUGUUUAUACUUCGAAUAUAAAAACAUUUCUGUUUUGAUUUACUUUUUACCUUGCUGCAUUGUUUUGAUAUUUUUUUUGGUUGGAUCAUGUUUAGAAACUUCGGGUGAGUUCAGAAGUCUUAAGUAUGCAAGUGUUUACGUGAUUGUGCCAUUCCGCAGUGCAUCAGGACUGUCAUUCCCUUCUAGUAUCUUCUCAGGAGUAAUGCAGAUCAGGUAUCAUCAUCAUUUGGUAAUAUACAACUCCAGUGAACUCCCAAGGACAUUUAUAUCACACGCUGUAUGUACGGGUGCGGGUAUGUGUGAACGUGUGAGGCAUUCUGUGUUUAUCUCUAUAUAAGAUAUGCACCACAUUGAAACUAUUCAGUGUUUAUCUCUGUGUAUAGGUGUAUGUCCAUGUAUAUCUCUUUCCUUUUGUUUACAACUGUUCAAAAACAAAACCUCAAAGUAGUUCUCUUCAGACGAGGAGAUAUAGAUUCCAAGCAACCCGUCUGUUUUUAGUACGUUGUGAGCAUGGUCAUCAGAGAGCAUUGGUAAGUAUCAGGCCUCUGUAUUUGCCUGUUAGCAACGGUGAUGAACUCAUCAAGUCAGCACGUGCUGUUCCCUACAAGAAAAAUCCUGUAAGAUAAACAAGUUCCAGGAGAAGGACCAGCAUUUCUUUAAGUACCUGGGGGAUAUAGCUCUUCACGAUAAAGAGGGAGUUUCUUUGGGGACAUCAGUCACCUUUGGGGUUGCCAUGUAAAACAAUGAGAUAAUUGUGAUACUCUUGGGUGGUAGUUUCAAAAGACACUACUAAUAUGCAGAAAGCGUUCCAGCUAUCUGUUGCUGGCAACUACUGUCUAAUGGUCAAUUAAAUCUGUGAUAAUGGUUGGAAGUGGGCAGAAUUAUGAAAUUCUAGAUGUUUUUAGAAAAACUUGUGAAUGAAAAUGAAUCCAAGUGUUCCAUGUGAAGAUGUUGAGCCAUUUCUAUCAUGCAUUCCUGUCUCAUGGCAGAAAUUUUUGAAGAUUAAACAAUAAAAUAGUCAA